UUCACUGUGCGAUGACAAAAUAUUGCAAUUUUGUGCGGUUCCAGCUGGCCUGUUGUUUGCAACGAUCUAUGUCGUCCACAAUGACCUCCGCUGCAUGCUAAAUAUAGAAUGCGAACAAUCUGGAUUGCCGCCUUCGUCGCAUCGUCAUCGCAAGAUGCCCGGAUGUAAUUAGGGCAGGUAGAGUUUGCAAUCGAUGUCGACACGGGCUUCGGUUGCUCGCCCAUCUAACAAGCCACGAUGCACCCGGCCGAUUUGGCGCGGUGCGUGGUUAAACGCGUCGCAUAGCUGUUAUGCAUGCUGUACAGCCUCAAAGGUGUAACUCGUAAGGAAGCAAAAGCUACUUUGUUUUCUAUGACUUCUCUUCAUCAAAGACUAUUGUGAGUGCAUGCUGACUUGGUAGAUCCAUGGCUUCUAGCACCAUGGAUGACGAAACAAGAUCUCCCCUGAGUUCCAUGGAGGAAGAAAGAAGAUCUCCCAUGAGUACUAUGGAGGAAGAGACAAGAUCUCCCUUGGAGAGAAUCUGCCAAGUUCUUUCAUCCAAAUCAAAGAACUAUGAUGAUGCUGAUGACCAGGGGGAGAGUCUGCCCAACCCGGUGACAUCCGCUUUACAGUUUCGGUACAAGUGUGACAAGUGUGAACAAUCCUUCUCUUCCAAGGGCGGUUGUACAAAUCACAAAAAGAGGAUGCAUCCAACAGAUGAUGACCUGAAUAAACACUGGCAUACCUGUGAACUAUGUGGUAAGAGCUUUUUCUACAAGAAGCAAUAUGACAACCAUGUUAGUAGCUGUAAUGGUAUUCCAGAAGACAAGAGCGGGAGUAUCUGUAUUUGCCCAAUCUGUCCGUUUUCGUGUGAUGAUAAGGAAGAACUAGCCAAUCAUGUUAUGGAACACGAGAAUGCAGAGAAUGGUGAUUUGCUUGAACCGCCCAUCCUGGAUGAAUCAUUGUACGGCAGGGAGAGCAAUGGACAGUAUGAUGGGGACAUCCCAGCUCCUAGUCCAACUCUCUUUGUUGAUGAGUCAUUGUCAGAUGGUGUGAUGAAUGAGAUUGAGCCAGAGAUUAUUCAGUCAGAGAAGGGGACGUGGCAAUGCCCAAUGUGUCCUAUCCGCUGCACUGAGAAAGAUGUUGUCAAAGCUCACAUGCGAGACCGUCAUCUCAACAAAGUCAGGAAGCACAUUUGCAAUAUUUGCAAGCGUGCCUUCACUCACAGCUCAGGACUCAAACAGCAUAUAACUCGUGUCCACAAUGUUCCUGGACCCCCUCCAGAUCCCGAUGGAAAAAAGUUUUUCAAGUGUGGUCUUUGUGGGAAGGCGUUCUCUCUCGUACGUAGCCUCAUCAGUCACUGGCCCACCCACAAAUUGCAAACAUGCAGCAGUCUGGAGAACUUUCAGUGUAUUCUUUGCAAGGCCUUUUUCCAACUUCCAUCUCAGCUCCAGGAUCACUUCAUCAAGCAACAUCCUCAAGAAGCUACUUCCCGUUCAAUGCCUUCAGCCCCCCUCUCUGAGAAACGACCUCAUCCUGAUGACUCUAGUGACGCACAGCCUGCCAUAAAGCUAGAGAAACUGGACUUCUCAGCAGUAGAAGAUGAGCAGGAUUCUUCAAAAGGCAUGCCAGGAUUUCUAUCAAGUCGGCAAUGUAAGGACAGCUUCGACUCGGAUUACCAUCCUUCGCCAAAUACCAGGAAGAUGAAAGCUACCACAUCCGCAGCGAGUCCAACAGUCCGAAGCAGUCGUUCUGUCCAGUCACCCCAUGUUCCUAGAGAAGCAGAUGUUGACGAUCGGCCUGGGAGUCACAUCAGCAGUAUGUCUGGGUCUGAUUCCUCUUCUAAGGAACCAGUAGUUGAUGGCAGCUGUGAGGAUACAGAGCCAACCAGUUCCCAGUCGUGUGCAUCAUGUAUGGAGAAAUCUGGUCGCCUUCUCACCAGCUGUAAGCACUGUGGCAUUUAUUUCACAGAUUUUGUGAUGCAUACGCUUCACAUGGGGCUUCAUGGCCAGGAUCAUCCCUUCCAGUGCCAUCAUUGUGGAAAAAAUUGUCACGACAAGUACAAUUUCUUCACACACAUCUACCGGGAAUCUCAUAUGUAGGUGGGAGAUCAUUGUACCCCAAGCACAUAUGUUGUCAAUCACUUUAGAAAUAUUUUGCUACUUAUAUUUUGAAGGGUCAUCAGCUCAAAAUAGUUGCCUUAAAGAAAUGUUGCUGAUGUUCCAUACAUACAUGUACGUGGGAUUUUUUUUCAGCUUUAUUUUCUUGGAAUGGGCAACAGAGUUUGUGCUGAUUUAUGAACAUGUACAAUGACAGUAGUGAAAGGUAGCAAGCUACAGUGGAUCUUUCUAUCAAUAUUUGCCUUAAAUUUGGAUGUUUUCUUUUCUCUUUCAUUCUAUGUUAUUUCAAUUAUAGGCAUGUAUAAAAAAAACAACAACUCAAAUUCCAUUUUUCAAUUGGAAGAACAAUUAAAAUUGAUAAUUAAAUAUUACUGAAUGUACCUCAUGGUGUUGAUUUAUGAUAUUUGAUUUCUGUACAUGCCUAUUACAUGUACAUCAUAAUUUGAUAUUUCAAACAGAUUAAGAUUUACAGAAGAGACCAAUUUUUCUUCUCAUAGAUCUUUCCACAUGAAAAUAAAGAUGUUUUUAUCAGUCACAACUGUGAACAAUUGCUAUUCCAAUUUACUGAUAUUUAAAUGCACAUGUACAUGUAUGCAGUCAUGUACAUCUAUAUUACUGAAAGUUGAAAUAUAUUUAGAUGUGAACAGGUUUCAUGCAAAAGCUCAUUAUAGAGCAUUCAUGGAGACAUUCUUACCUUUAAUAGAUGCAUGUACAUGAAUUGCAUAGCAAUUAUUCAUGGAAAAAAAUAUACAAUUAGUUUUCAGGUUCAUGAAAAAUUUUGGAAGUACAGUGUAUGUUCACGAAGCAAAAUGUGAUUUGGCAUCAAAUCCUGAUUGCGAACAAAUUUUCAGUCACUUUCAUUUUAUUUGUAAUGUGUAUAUCCGAUACAAUGUACAUUUUAUGAUUUACAAAUUUCAAGAUAGUAAUGAAAUGUUUCAAGCUUUUGUUUUUGGCUCUGUCAUGUUAUGGAGUAGUCAGGGAUUGAUCUAUCUUCUGUACAUGUACUGGUACUCACAUCCUUGAUUCACACAUCAUUUUCAUUGCAGUAAGAAUUGAAAGGAAAUCAGUUGAAAUUGUUCAUUAUUUAUUUGUGUGUGGUACUUUCACUUUAACAUGUCAUUAGGAGCAUACCAGUAAUAAAGUUGGAUUUGAUUCUGCCUUUUCCAAAGUGAUAUAAGAAAAAUAUUACACCAUUGCAUCAGAUAUAGAAGUUAUAGACACAUUUCUUUUUUUUUCUUAUUGCACUUUAAUGUAGUCACUUGUAGUUGGUAUGAGCAAAAUUGCACUUGAGAAAAUGUUUGUUAAUGGAAUGAGUUAAAUGAUGAUUGUAUAUUUUUAAAAUAAAAGUGCUCUAAUUGUGAUUUACACAUUGUUUAGUAAUUAUGUCAGUUAGAUGUGCCUUUCUCUUGUAAAUUGGAAAAUAUAUUUUCAUGUGUAGAUUGUAUGUAAAGGGUGUUAUGGGUAUUACCAUUUCAUUUUGUUCAUUUGAUUCCUAUUUCUAUAUUUGAUCAUGUUUGUUCAAAGUGUAAAGAAUAUUUUGUGUACAAUUUUGAAUCAGAACAUUUUUGUUGUUGUUUUAAUUGAUUUUGACAUGGUGAGGAAUCAUUUGACUUUAGAAGACUUGGACAGGAUCUUCAAAUCUUUUUUAAAAUUAAAAUUGACAGAAGCUCAUAGCAUGCUAAUCAGAUGUAGAGAUUUGCAGCUGAAUUUUUUAAAUUUUAAUUUGUUAGUAAAUAUUGAUUCUAUGGUUGAGUUGAUGGUGAAUAAGUUUACCGUACAAUGAUGUAUUUGGGAUUUUUGCCCAUUCUGAUUCCUGUUCAGUUAAGGUGGUGUCUCACUCUUGAUCCUGUAAAGGUUAGUGAUUCAUCAUGCACUUGAUUUUCAAGAAUAAUUAUGAAUUGUAGUCAAUGCGAUUAAUCAUAAAAAGUUCUAUGAUUUCCAGGGUUUGUAUUAUGGGCUCCUGGGGGCGUUUCACAAAGAUUGAAGUACGAUUUCUCACUUAAAUGCCGACGCGUACAUGUACAUGAUAUGGAACGCGCAAUCUUAUUGAUCAAUAUGCAGUAUUGCGCGUCCACUUGCCAUGAUCUGACCAAUGCGGUGAUUUCUUUUAUACCGCACGCAACAAGGCAUUUGAGUGUGAUUCUCAGUCAUACUUAAAUCUUUGUGAAACACCCCCUGGAGACUUAAAUAGGGCCCUGUAGGACAAAGUUUGACAAUUUAUCAUGCGAUUGAUUUUUAUAAUUGAUUGCACAUAGUAUGCCAUACAAAUAUGUAAUAGAAUUGAUAAUACAGUGUCCUGUAAUCAAUAUCUAAGCUCUGUGCUACAUGGCUUCUCAAGUCUUGGAGAAUGUAUACAGGGGUGUAUACAUUACUACUCAUUGUGUCGAGACUGGCCGAGGCUGCAGGAAGGCAAAGAAAAUCAUAAAUGUUUGACUUUGAAUCUCAAUUACACAGAGACUAAUUCAUGAUCAAACACCAUAAACGGCCAUUAUGGUGUGCGCUUGUAAUCCAAGUUAUUAAUUGAUGCAGAGGUUCAAGGUACGAGACCUGGGCUCCGUAACACAAAGGUUUGCGAUGACUUGCAAAUACGAAAGAAUACCUCUGAUUGGUCCCUGGUCAGUAUUUUAAACUUAAUGCGCAUGUCACAUUGAUAUUAAUUGGUCAGUUUAUUUAGUGAUGGUUGCUAAUCUUUGUGUUACGGAGCCCUGGUCAUGUUUUUCGGAUGGUCGGUCUCGGACGUAAAUAAUCAUAUCUGAUUGAUACACAUCUGACAAAACUCAAAUUUGAUUGAGGUUUUGCAAUGAUUAAACGGCUAAUUUGCAGAGAUGUCACACUAUUUUCCAGGGCCUAGUCAUACAAAGAGUUGCGACUGACCUGAUUGCUCUAAACAGUGGAAAUCCAUCGAACUCAUAAUUUUUUUUAUAGGAAAUAUAUACGGCAUCACUAUUGUUCAUGAAAAAGGGGCAUAAUUUGUCUAGACAAUGAUGCAUGCAAUAGUAUACAAAUUAUUUUACAAAACACUUUCAUUGGAUGGAUGUAUUCUGGACAUAGGCGUUCAAAGCUUUCCAUAGCUGCGAGUGAUCAGAUCAAUCACAAGUCUUUGUUAGACAAGGCCCAGAUUAAUUUUAUUCCAGACUCGUCUUAAAAGUGCAAGUAACUUUUUUCUCUUAUGGAUGAAGGUGACUGACCCAACUGAUCAGUCUGGGCCCGUUGCAGAAAGAGUUGCAAUCAAUUGUAACUCUGAAAAUCAGGCGUAACUUGAUAUUCAACCAAUCAACAGCGCGCAUUUCAGACUUGCAAUUGAUUUUUUGACUUGCAUUUAAAUGCAACGGUCCCCAGAUCUGGCAGUCCUGUCAAUCUGCAUUUUACCUCUCUUAUUAUCAAUCUGUUGUGAAUAUGUCCCUUAAUUUUUGUUUUGUUUCUUGUAUAUGAAGCACCUUUAGUGAUAAUUUAUCACAAAAUGUGCAUUAUAAUACUUAUUAUGUGUGAACUAGUGAUUAGUAACCAUUGGUAAUAAUUGGGGGGGGGGGCUUCUGUUCAAAUGUUUCUUUUUAGCUAGAUUUUAUUCACAGCUCUGAAUAGUAUGCAAAUUUAUCGUACAGUGUAUAGGUCUUUUGAUCUGUGAAGUGCCUGAAUAUUGUGAAUCUAUUUAUUCUUUAGCAGUGAUUCAACUAAAAAUAAUGGCAUAUUGCCCAAAACUUUGUUCUGUACUCAUAAUUAGGCAAGCUAAUUUAAAAAAAUAUUUUCCUGAUGUAGCAAACAAUUAUUGUUAUAUUACAGGUGUGUGUAUGUUUGGAGAUUUUUUUAUUUUAGAAAUGGUCACAAUUUUUAUGUCUAUUUCAUUUGCACAUCAGAUGAAAGACUAACAUGAGUAACCCUUAUUUUAUCAGUCAUUUAGUUUUGAUUUAAUAUCAUUUGGCAGAAAUUUUCUUUAAAAACAAA